AUGCUCAACACACUUGCAUCCUUCACAUCAUUUGUAAUUGCGAGUGCUGUGUUGGAUAGUGUAAUUGCGGGUCCUGUAUUCUUGUCGCCGGUUCAAGAUAUCAUUUUACCAUCGAGCGACACUGCGACGUCGCCGUUGACGCAGCUGGGUGCUAAUAGUCCUUGGUUUGCUGGUCCCAACAUCAGCGGUGAAAGCAACGACAUCCCCGAAGGCUGUACAAUCGAAAAUGCAGCCUACGUCGUUCGUCAUGGGAGUCGAUAUCCCGAUUCUGGAGCCUACGCGGAAUGGACGGCUUUAUACACCAAGAUCCAAUCCUCAUCCUUCACCGCAAGCGGUCCCCUCUCCUUCCUCGCAUCCUGGAAACCAGUGCUCACCAACCCCACCCUCCAAAUCGCAAAGGAAUCACCCACGGGCUACAAGGAAGCCUUUGAUCUCGGCUACCGUCUACGUACUCGCUAUCCGUCUCUCUACGAAGUAGGCAGCCCCUUUAUUGCCUGGGCGAAUCUCGUGCCACGAGUCGUAGAAACGGCGCAGAAUUUCGUGCGUGGAUUCUUAGGCGCCCAGGCAAGCGUGUUGGGGAGUGUGAUUACAGUGAACUCGACGGGGAGUGCGGAUGCGGUGUUUAAUUCUCUUGGGCCGAGUGAUCAGUGUCCGGCUUUUAAGGACGGGAAUGGUGGUUCAAACCUAACGACAUGGAAUUCCAUCUACCUCCCCCCCAUCCUCGCCCGUCUCAGCCCCUUCAUCACAGGCAACCUCACCCUCACCACCUCCGAUCUAUCCAUCUUCCCCUACCUCUGCGGCUUCGAGUCGCAAAUCACCGGCACGCUCUCCCCCUGGUGCAACAUCUUCACUGACGCUGAGUUACUCCAAUAUUCUUACGCGCAGGAUUUGCGGUAUUACUACGGAAUAGGCGAUGGCACGGAUCUGCAGUCGAAGAUGAUGUUGCCGUUCUUGCACUCCCUCGUUACGAGACUGGCGCUGGGGAAAGGCCAGAAAGGCGUGAAUGCGAAGGGUGAGGAGUUUAAAGUCCCGGAUUUGUUGACGCUGUUUUUGAAUGAUGGACAACUUGUUGAGUUGGUCGCCGCUACGGACGUCAUGGCUGACGCGGAAGUGCUUGAUGGAAAUCGCCUUCCUGGGCCGGAGUGGAAGUACCGCGCCAGUAGGUUCGUGAGUAUGCGCGGGACUGUUGCUUUUGAGAAUCUGAAAUGCUUGUCUGGGAAUUAUAUCCGCGUUCUCCUAAACGACGCAGUGUACCCUCACCCGUUAUGUGCUAAUGGACCGGGGAAAUCAUGUGAGACUGGCAAGUAUGUGAAGCUCGUCGCUUCGAAGCUAAGUCAGGCGGGCGAUUUGAGAGCGAAGUGUGGGAUUAAGAGUGUUUCUGGGAAUGGCACGUUCGGGGAUGGAAGUGCACGGGUGGCUGGGAAGGGUGCUGGGUUUGUGGGGGAUUUGAGAGGAGGGUGGUUAGGUAGUGUUGUUCCUUAG